CACCUGGUGUCCCAGAUCUUAAUCAUUCCCUGAUUAGAUGGGAUAGAAUGAGAAACAAAGCAGCGGAACUGGCUUUAGGUCCAGGGUUUAAUUUGAAGGGCCUUUAGUCUAUGGAUACCCAUGUUUCUCGUUAGCCCCCAGACAGGUUUACAGGCUUGUUUUUCAAGUUCUACCAAAAGUCUAUUCUGCUUUCCAGAUUAACUAGCCGCGUUGGUAGGAAAACCACUAGCACCCGGAAAUGCGCCGCUUUCUUCGGGUUCCCAUAGCAAGUCAAAGCCACCGUCAAAUUGGAAUGUGAUUUAUCUGAGUUCAGAGACCGGUCUAAGAGUGGCUCGACAGGGCAACAUACGACCAUUUAGCCUACCUUCGGGCAGAAUCAGAGAUGGCCAGCCAGAGCGAGGUGAUUGACAGGUUGAGGGCUACGUUCCGCUCAGGCGUGACCUUUCCAGAGCAGUUCCGUAUGACCCAGCUCCAGAACCUUCUCUCCCUGGUUGAAGAAAACGAGCAGCUGAUACAAGAUGCUCUCCACAAGGACCUCCAUAAGCCCAAGUUUGAGUCGGUCCUGUCAGAGAUUCAGAUAACCCUGAAUGACCUGUACUUCGCCAUGGAAAACCUCAGGACCUGGAUGCUGCCGGAAUACAACAUUGGCAAGAAUCUGGCCACUAGGAUGGAUGACUGUUUCAUACGCAGGGAACCCUUGGGGGUAGUUUUAAUCAUCGGGGCGUGGAACUACCCUCUACAUCUUAUUCUCUUACCUUUGGUUGCUGCAAUUGCUGCAGGAAACUGUGCUAUUCUGAAGCCGUCAGAGAUCUGUCAGGCCACCGAGCAACUCCUGGCAGAACUCAUCCCUAAAUACCUGUCUCAGGACUGCUAUGCAGUACUAUGUGGUGGAGCAGAGGACACCAAGUCAUUACUGAAGAAUAAAUUUGAUCACAUCUUCUACACAGGUUCCCAGGGGGUGGCCCGUUCCAUCCUGGUAGCAGCAGCACCUCACCUGACCCCCGUCACCCUGGAGCUGGGUGGCAAGAGCCCCUGCUUCAUCUACGGCCAUAUCGACAUCCAGAAGGCCGCCAAGCGCCUGUGCUGGUCCAAGUUCUUCAACACUGGCCAGAGCUGUGUGGCACCCGACUACGUCCUCUGCACAGCCCAGACCCGGGACGCCCUACUGCCUGCUCUCCGGGAGACCCUGCGGACCUUCUACGGGCCGGACCCCGGAGCGAGCCUGGACAUGGGGCGCAUAGUCACCCCACGCCACUGGAGACGCCUGGUGGACAUGCUGGAGAAGUCCAAGGGGAAGGUGGUGAUCGGAGGGGAGAGCCGCGAGGAGGACAGGUAUAUUGCUCCCACAGUGUUGGUGGACGUGCAGGAGUCUGAUGCUCUAAUGCAGGAGGAGAUCUUUGGCCCCAUCCUGCCCAUCCUAACCAUAGAGUCUCUGGAGGAGGGCAUAGACUACAUCAACCGGCAAGAGAAACCCCUGGCCCUCUACGUCUUCUCUGACGAGACCUCUGUAGUGACCACAGUGUUGAACAACACCAGUAGUGGUGGUUUCUGCGGCAAUGAUGGUAUAGUACACAUGGCCUUGCCAGGCCUGCCCUUUGGAGGAGUAGGUGCCAGUGGGAUGGGUAGCUACCACGGCCGCUGGGGCUUUGAGACAUUCAGCCACAGGCGAGGUUGUAUGAACCGGAGCUGGUUGCUGGAGAGGGUCAACGUCCUGCGCUACCCGCCCUACAGCGACUACAACCUGGGCUGGUUGCGCUGGGCCACCACCUUCAAGAAGAACAGCUGGGGAGGCUGCUCAGUCAUGUGAGAGUGGCACCCGGUGCGUGCCUGACUGUACUUCCAAAGCCGAUGGGCUUUUCUUAAAGGUCCAAUGCAGCCGUUUUUAUCUCAAUGUCAAAUCAUUUUGGGGUAACAAUUAAGUACCUUACUGUGAUUGUUUUCCAUUAAAAUGGCCAACAAGUAACAUCUUCUUAGCAAAGAGCAAUUUCUCAAGCAAGAAUUUGCUAUGACUGCCUGGGAGUUGUCUGAGCGGGGAGGGGAAAGCUAGCUGUUAUUGGCAGAGGUUUGGAUCUCUUAUUGGUCUAUUAACUAAUUUACCGCCUGGAGUUGUCACCAGACAUUCCAAGAGUCCCUUCCCACCUAAACGGGCUGAAAUUUCAAGGCGGUCUUUUUAAACUGCUCUAUCACUAAAAGGGUAUUAUCAUUGUUCACAGUAUUAUUCCUCCGACAUAGUGUGGAAGUGUAUAAAACACAGAUUUUUUAUUUUUUUUUGACUGGACUGGGCCUUUAAAGUAUCUGUUCAGUGUUCCAAAUUUCUAUUAAAUAAUUUACCUAAAAUUAAAAAAUAUAUAUAAUUAAGGAUGUUAAAAACGAGGGUUUCUCUGUUCCCUGCUUUGCCUGAUUGGAAACAGUGGCUGGGUGUAUACUGGUAGAAAAAAAAGCUGACAUGCCAGAUCAGCCAAUGAAAUGCACAAACACUUGGAUAUUCAAAUUGACUACCAUGUGGAGCAGUGCUGUACGCACUGCCUAGCACACUUGCCUUCUUUUUUUGGGUGGCCUUGGCUGUGUAUACAUUGCCUGCCCUGUCCACUAAGUAUCCAGAUCACGUUCUGCACAUGUUAUUUUCGCACACUACAUAACUGCUCACACUCCUUCCUUUACGUUUCUCUUUACUCACCCUCUUCUGAACUAUGAUACUAUGAUGCCUAUCUCUGCCUUAUGUUUCUGAACAGCUGAAAUAAAAUUAAAACUGCUGCAAUUUGAUUGAACAUUCCCCAAAAUAUUGUUAAUGCAACUCCCCACUUGAGUUUUGCAUACGAACUCUGCGUUUUCCACACAGGCCCUACUAACUGCUAUUUCGCUUUUCAAUGGUCAUGCAAGUACAGCAUGAGUAGCGGUUCCACCUCUAGGCAGCCGAGCGUGUGAAUCCGGACUGGUAACCUCAGUCUGACAAUGGGCGAGUUCGUUCUGUGGUGACCGUGCGCUAUUGCCUCUUAUAUUGUUUGUCAACUACUGCCUACUAUACUGAACAAAAAUAUAAACGCAACAAUUUAAACAAUUUUACUGAUUUACAGUUCAUAUAAGGAAAUCAGUCAACUGAGAAAUUCCUUAAACCUUAAUCUAUGGAUUUCACAUGACUGGAGGGCAUAUGCCCACCCACUUGGGAGCCAGGCCCAGCCCAUCAGAAUGAGUAUUUCCCCACAAAAGGGCUUUAUUAUUGACAAAGACUGAGAUUGUUGUUGUUUAGGCUUACUCCUUUUUGCUAACACAACCUGUGGAUUGCUUGGCUUGUGUGCUGCAGUGUGCCCUCUCCAUUAACUGUCACAAGUCAGUUUCAGUGGGCCUGUUUGGUUUGAGUACUUGAAUAGAAGGCUGUACUUGUAUAGGGCCAUUGAGUCAGCAGAAAAGGGGAAAGAGGUGCUACCUGUGGUUCUGGUUUAACCAGGUUAUUCAAGGGAGGGACACAGGCUGCAUCUCAGUCUUGAUUUGGCUUCCUUCCCUUAUCUCUCCUUUACCAUGAACUGGAAAGGUGAAAGUAAUGUGGUAGAUGCCAAUGGCUUUCACCUGUCCUGUUCUUUCAAAUCUUUGCAGCUGAAGGGAAGGAGAGCCGCUAUUGCAAUCCACCCAGGGUGUGGUUUCAGUUCUGUAUGUUCACUGCUACAUCACAAUGGUCUAAACCUGUUUCUUCCACUUGUCUUGCUUUGACCCAUCAGAAUAGAUGAGUGGAAGCCAAUAUAUUGAAAUGUUUCCCCAGAUUUUGAAAUGCACUGGCUACCAGGGUCUGGAGGGGUAAAGGGUUUUUAGCACUGUUGCACAAAACCCCCAUUGUUUACCAUGGGGUUAGUAUAGUUCACAGAAUGGUCUUAUGUAACAAUUUUACUGGGUUUUGUUAGACGCUGUGUGACAUUAGGUGGUGGAUGUUUUUUUUAUUUUAAAAGUUUUGUUCAGAAGACAUUAACUAAUAAAACUUUACUUUACAUGAA